AUGUCUGCUGGUUCAGUUCUUGUUACAGGUGGAACGGGCUACAUUGGCUCCUUCACCACCCUUGCUCUGCUGCAGGCUGGUUACAAGGUUGUCGUUGCCGAUAACCUGUACAACUCCUCCGAUGAGGCCCUGAACCGCAUCGAGUUGAUCUGCGGCAAGAAGCCCGAGUUCGCUCAGCUGGAUGUCACCGAUGAGGCGGGCUUCGACAAGGUCUUCGAGGCCCAUCCCGACAUCGACAGCGUCAUCCACUUCGCUGCUCUGAAGGCUGUCGGUGAGUCCGGCGAGAAGCCCUUGGACUACUACAUGGUCAACGUCUACGGCGCCAUCUGCCUUCUGCGCUCCAUGGUCCGCCACAAUGUCACCAACAUUGUCUUCUCCAGCUCGGCCACCGUCUACGGUGACGCGACUCGUUUCCCCAACAUGAUCCCCAUCCCCGAGGAGUGCCCUCUGGGCCCCACCAACCCCUACGGCAACACCAAGGUCGCUGUCGAGACCGCCAUCACCGACGUGAUCAACGCUCAGCGCAACAACGCCAUCAAGGCUGGCAACGAGGCCGAGGCCCAGAAGUGGAACGCUGCCCUCCUGCGCUACUUCAACCCCGCCGGUGCGCACCCCAGCGGUAUCAUGGGCGAGGACCCCCAGGGUGUCCCCUACAACCUGCUCCCUCUCCUUGCUCAGGUGGCGACUGGCAAGCGCGAGAAGCUCCUUGUUUUCGGCGACGACUAUGCCUCCCACGACGGAACCGCCAUCCGCGACUACAUCCACAUUCUCGACCUUGCCGAUGGUCACCUCAAGGCCCUUAACUACCUGCGCGCCAAUAACCCCGGCGUCCGCGCCUGGAACCUGGGCACCGGCAAGGGCAGCACCGUCUAUGAGAUGAUCCGCGCCUUCUCCACCGCCGUCGGCCGCGAUCUCCCCUACGAGGUCGCCCCCCGCCGUGCUGGUGACGUGCUCAACCUGACCUCCAACCCCUCCCGCGCCCAGAAGGAGCUGGGCUGGACGGCCGAGCGCACCCUCGAGCAGGCUUGCGAGGACCUCUGGCUCUGGACUAAGAACAACCCCCAGGGCUACCGUCAACAGCCCCCCGUCGAGCUGCUGGAACAGCUGAAGAAAUAA